GAUGAAGGGAUGUACGGGGGCGCGCAGUGAUAAGCCCAGGAAAGACGAAGUCGUCGCACAGUCACAAGCAGAUAGACCUGCGAGUCGUCAUGAUGUUGAUGGUGGUAUUUGCGUUGACGCUGUCCCUGGUGACAGGUCAGACAGCGGACUGGCAGACGCGGUACAAUGAACUGAACAAGAAGGUGGACGCCUUGGCAACGCAGAUUAUGCUGCAGCAGCAGUUCUUGGAGGAAAAGACCAGAACCGAGGGUUCCUCUGGUAUCAAACAGUUACGCCAUUUCCGUGAGGGCACUAGACCGUACCAUUCGAAUACUCACAGCGGGAGUUCUAUUCUCUCCAUGCAUAACCAUGCAAACUUGGACCGGACACCAGGAAUGGGUGAAUUCAUUGCCGUUUUGAACGGCCUCGAGUUCCGUACCCGCCACAACGAUUACAAAGUAGUGAUGCCACACACAAAGUCCAUGAAUUACCACUCGACCGAAUCCAUUCCGUUCCCUGACUUGCCGCCACAAGUGGUCGCCAAAAAGACGAUCGACGACCAGAUAAAAGAAUUGCGCGAAUUUUACAAGGCGUGGGCUCAGAGCAAUUCCACUCAUCGGGACUACAGGAAUUAUUUCCGACCAGCUCUCUGUUACCUGGAAGGAGCCUGGAACGUGAACAGUAAGACCAUCAACGAACCUUUUGCCAGUGAUCGUCACUUUAUUGACGCCACCACGUGGUUUGAGUUGUUCGAGAAAGCUCGGUUUACCGCUUACACCGGAAGGAAAGACGUGGCGGAGAAUUAUGCUUUCCUGCCUACAGCUAUUCUGGAAAUGAGGAAUGGCACUCUCCCCGUAUUUGCCCAGUGGAGUUAUCGUAUUUUGUGCCAUCCCGUCAAACGACACAUACCGCUCUCUUUCUUCCGUCCCGUGGAUGACGUGCACCUGCGCAUCCCCUACAAACACAGAACUGACCAAAUGCCUUCACAACGUUACACAAGGUUCCAGCUAGACCCCAGAGGGAACUCUUGGAAAAACGGAGACGGGUUCACCACCAGGGAGACCGGAUUUUUGGACGAAAUCAUGGCUGAAAUCCCAGGUAAGAACAAUUAUCCUGGUAAAAUUACUGACGAGAUGUUCGGUUACCCAGUUUAUUCCAGAACGGCAACUCCAAAAAACCCGGGAGAGCCAUUGAAUACUGCUUACUACCACCGUUGGUACAAGAUAAAAGCUGGCAAUAAUUAUCACCUUAAACUGCGCAGUGGCUCUGACACCACCGUUUUUAUGGCGCAAACGACAUCGCCGAAAGUGGCGCCAAUGAGGAUGUCACACUGCACGGGAAGCGGAAAAUACAAGAAAUGCAAGGACUACGUGCAGCGCUGGACAUACGCAGUUCCCUUGGAGAUCAUCUGGUUGCACCCCCUCAUGAAAUGGAACCCCUAUAACCUCGCCAUUAAGAGUUUCAGGGACAACAGUAUCUUUUCUGGCGGCAGAAAUGGCGGGCUGACUGCGGCAAAGGCUUAUAACGGAACUAGACUAAACGGCUAUUACUACCUGACUCCGGAGUCGUUCUUCGCAGGCUCCGACAGUGACGACAAAGACCCAGCGGACACUGCUAAAGAUGUCGUUGGCGUUUUGGAUCAAAAAGGAAAUGUCAGGAGAGUAAAGGCAUCGGGUGUCCGUAUCACCCUUCCAAACAUAGAAGGCGUGGGCAGCUUACGCCAGCGUUACCCUAUUCCACCCAUCUUCGCUGAGGGUAACAGCGCCUUCAAAGAGGUCGCUGCACUCAGGGAUAUCGUCAUGGAACGCAGCAAGUAUUCACGCAUUUUUAUUGAGAGGUAAGCGAGGGACAUUGCUGCAAAGACUAAAUGCCAGACAUGAUCAGGUUGAAGAGGAUCAGAAGAAAAGAACAUUUUUUCCUUAUUUGAAAAAACACCUUAAUUUUCUUACCUGAUAUUUGCAGAAAAUGUAUAAAAAUGGUCUGCACAUUUCUUGAAGGGAAUUAACAUUUGGCUCAAAAAUGAAAUUACAAACAAGUGAUACAAUAAACGUCAUUGUCAACAUAAAGAUAAAGCAAAAAAUGAUUCUUGGGAUUCAGUGAUACAAAAUAUGGGAAAAAACAUCCUCCUUGUGGAAUAACGUUAUUUCGAUUAAAAUCAAAAUGGCACACCAAAGGUUUUACCAAACUAUAACAGAUACAAAAACAAUCAAUGGAUUAUCUGCAAAGUUUUAUCCUUUGCUACAUGGUCCACUGGGGCCGUAGCAAUGGUCUGAAGGUUCAAUAGUCCAAAGGUUCAUUGGUCCGAAUAUUCACUAUAGAACCUUCGGACCAAUGAACCCUUGAUUACAAAACUGAUGAAAAUGUUUCCAUUUUUCGGGCCAAUGAACCUUUGGACCAAUGAACUUUUGAACUACUACCAUGGCCCCAGUCCAUUCCUGUGGGUUCCCCCCCCCCCCCCCC